AUGGACCUGCUGCACAUACCACCCAAGGAACGAAAGUCGCGGACGAGCCGUCCCAAGGUGCGCACUGGCUGUGUGACCUGCAAGUAUUCUAGUACUAAUUCCCAGCUUGAUAGGGCUCGGCGUAAGAAAUGUGACGAGGCUCGCCCGCACUGUCGCACCUGUGUCAGCGCAGGACGCGAGUGCGGCGGCUAUGAGGAGACCAUCGAUCGACGGACUCGAGCCUGGAAAACUACUAAUGCCACCGUUGAUGUCCCUUGCAAGAUAAAGCUUGAAGUUCAGAAGAACCAACUCACUGUGGCGAAGGACUGCGGCGCCUGGAUUUCCCGCCUUCUAGUCGAUCCGAGCCAGGCCGAUUUGUCGCUAUCCGAACGUUGGUAUCUGGGUCUCUUUCGCUCCAGCACGGCUUCGCAAUGCUCAGGCUACUUUCCACUCGAAUUUUGGCGUCGAAUGGUUCAUCAAUUUAGCGAGGUGGAGCCGGCUGUCCGUCAUGCGAUCAUUGCCAUCAGUGCCCUUCAUCGAAGUUUUAGCACAACACAGUCUGCACAGAAUUCGGGCAAACCGAAUGAUCCUCACUUGUUCCCCCUUCGACAAUGUAACAAGGCCAUUAUUUGUUUACAGCAAAGGCUGCAAAGUGCCAGCUGUCGGCAGGAUUCUCAUGUCCUUAUCACCUUGGUCACUUGCGUUCUUUUCGUCUCUUUUGCAUUCCUCCAAGGCGACACCGAUGCAGCCAGUUGUCAUCUACGGCAUGGCACCCGUCUCCUCCAGGAGACAUACUUAAGUAAUACUAAGAAGAAGCUGGACUAUGGACCAGCGUUGACGGAUGUAUUCUACCAUUUAGAGCUGCACUGGGCGAGUCUCCGGGAGCCUGAGGCAGCUUCCUUGAACCAUGAGCACUCCAUCGUUCAAUCUAUGGCUCUCGGCAACCCGGUUUGGUGCAAGCCUGUACAUUCCCUCGAGGACGCAUGUAAUCUCUUGAUUGGUCUUGCGUGGCUCGUCUGCGAGAACGAUCCCGAGAACAGUAAGAUGGUGGUGGCUAGGGAGAUCCUCGAUAAACACCAAGAAGCGAUCUUGCAGAAGCUCCAGACUUGGAAGACAGAAUUAACCACAUCGCUCACUCGCAAGAAGGUUCUACUAUCAUCAAGAGAUCGUCAUACACUAGCGGCCCUCAACUUAUGGACCGAGAUCAUCUUCAUCCGAGUCUCAACAGAUAGCAGGCAAAAUGAGGGAGAGAGCAGAUUUGACUCUUUCACAUCAAACUUCCAGCGUGUGGUCCAGCUUGCCAAGUCUGUCCUCUCUUCCGACUUCAGUCAGUCUCCCAUGCCAACAUUCUCCGUCGGGAUGGGUAUGAUCCCACCCCUUUACCUUUGUGCUUUCCGGUGCCGUGAUUGGCAUAUUCGGAGAGAAGCGGUGCAGCUAUUGCAGAGAUGGCAGCUUCAGGAGGGGGCCUGGACAAGCUCAGGGACGGCUUUUGUUGUGAGUCGGAUGAUUGCCAUUGAAUCGGAGGGUCUUACACCGGGUGAACUUGUCCCUGAGCGUGCACGUAUCAGUGCAAUGCGUGCGGGUGCCCUGCCUGACGGGUCAGGAAUCCGAUUGUGGUAUCGUCGAUCUCAGGGUGGCAGCUCAACCCAAAAUGACAGUAACCGCAAUCCCUGGGAGUCGGAAAUACUGCCUUUCUGA